CUCUAACUAAUGCCCAGUAACACAAACGCUGUACACGUGCGUGCGUGCGGUGUCCUCCCGAGCGAGAGCCAAGCCGCCGCCGGCUCGCUCGUCGCCGGUAGGUCGCCGCCCCCGUCGCCCCCGUCGCCCCAGCGCCCCUCCUCCCCCUUCUCCCCGACAUCAUCUCCUCCUCCGCUUCAACACCGCCUCAUCUUCCCAGCGCCGUCGUCCUCCACACCCACCCAGUUCCUCGCGCCUCUUCUCCUUUCUUCCUUGAACUGGGGUAGCCGUUGCGCGGCGACUCACGGACACGCAUCAUGGAGUGGAGCUUCAACAAUUCCGGCAUUGAUGUAGAUGAUGAACUUUGGGUGGUUAAUGUGCUGCCAAUUAAUGGUCUAGGGGAUAAUGUGCAAAGGAUAAUUGGACUGUCUGAUAUCACUUUUCUCAAGUUAGUGAGCUUGGUGUGCUCUGUUGGCUAUAACAAAAAGGAUACCAUCUAUUAUCAGUGCGGAGGAUUAGUUGGCAUGGAGCUAUUGGACAGUAAUAAGAAGGUGACAACAAUGGUAAAUCAGUACAAGAGCGUUAAGAUGUUGAAUCUGUCAGUUUUGAGGAGACCCGCACCAACCCGCGGCAAGAAAAGAACGAGGAAGCAAGCAUUGUUGAUAGAGCAGCCAACCAAAGAGGGCAUUAACGAAGUCAUAGUUGAGCAAGAAAAUGUGUUAGAGGAAAAAGUUGAGGUGACAGAGGAAGAAGAAGAGAUGGCAGUGGUAGAGGAAAAAGAAGAGAUGGCAGUGGCUGAGAAUUAUGAUGAUGAAGACUUGGAAAAUCUUGCUCGAUUAAAGAGACAGAAAGAAGAUCCUGCGGAGCACAUGGAGGGCGACACCGAUAUUGAGGACCUUUAUCCACUACUAGAUGAUACACCUGUUAUUCCUAUUGAAGAUAGCACACUUGAUUCUUGCAAUCCAUCAAAGAAGAGAGCAGAAGCAUGGCAGAAGAAGAAACUGAGGAAGGAUGCUAUUCUCGGUUCACAAGCAAAGUUGCGAGAUGUAACCAACACUCAAGCAUGUGAACUUUCAGAUCCAGGAAGUGAGGAUAUUGGAAUGGAUAUAAUAUCAAGCGAUGAUGAUGGCUUUGAACCUGCAAUAUCCGUUGCACCAAAAUGCAAGAAGAGUAGAGCACAACCACUUCCAACUAGAGUGUGGUAUGAUGAGGGCAGGUUGCUUGGAGGUGAACAACUCUGUUUGCAUAUGUGUUUUGUGAACAUGCAUCAAUACAGAAGAGCCUUGAAGAAUUAUCAUAUACUUCAAAGUAGAGACUAUAUGUAUCUUAGAAAUGAUAGAGAUCGGGUCAAUGUUUGUUGUGUGACUGAACUUUGCCAAUUCUAUAUGACAGCUUCAGCUAUCAAGAGAGAAGAGACUGUUUGCAUUAGGAAGAUGGUGUUACCUCAUACUUGUGGCAUUACCUAUGAUACUUCUAGAGUGGACAGCACAUGGUUGAGCAACAGGUAUGAGGAGAACUUUAGAGGCGAUCCAGAUUGGAAGAUAAGCGCGCUAAUAGACACUACCAAGAGAAAUCAUGGUGUAGACAUCACUCCUAUGAUGGCAUAUAGGGCAAGGAAUAAAGCAGCGGAUAUUGUGUUAGGAAAUCACAAACAACAGUAUGUGAGGAUCAGGGACUACUUGCAGACAGUGCUUGAUACAAACCCAGGCAGCCGAUGCAUCGUGACCACGGUUCAGCAGCCACCACCUGCAAUGAAUCCUAAGUUUCAUGGCUUAUUCUUCUGUGUGAAUGCAUCUAAGGAGGGAUUUUUGCAUGGAUGUAGGCCAUUCAUUGGUCUUGAUGGAUGCUUUGUUAAGCUGACUACAGGAGCACAAGUGUUGGCCGCCUCUGGAAGGGAUGGCAACAACAACUUGUUCCCCAUUGCAUUUGGAGUUGUUGGCAAAGAAGACAUUCCUAAUUGGUGUUGGUUCCUUGAACAACUCAAGUAUGCUCUUGGUGGCGACUCAGGGCCAUUUGGAAGGUGGACUAUCAUGUCAGACAGACAAAAGGGCCUGCUGAAUGCCAUAGACAAAGUAUUUCCUAAUUGUGAUCAGAGAUAUUGUCUUAGGCAUAUUUACGCAAAUUUUCAAACUGCUGGUCACAAGGGUGGUGAUCUUAAAAAACACAUGGAUAGUGCUGCAUAUGCUUACCAAAAGUCUGAUUAUGAUGCUGCUAUGAGUGACUUGAAGGCUGAGAGUGAAAGUGCAUGGGAAUGGUUGUCCAAAAUUCCACCUAGGCAUUGGGCAAGGCAUGACAUGGACACAAAUUGCAAAACAGAUUUAGUGGUGAACAACUUAAGUGAAGUAUUCAACAAGUAUAUCCUAGAAACUAGAGACAAGCCCAUUCAAACCAUGAUAGACAACAUUAGGACAAAACUAAUGGUCAGAUACAACAGCAAUAGAGAGGGGCUCGUUAAUUCAAAUUGGGAGAUCACACGAAACUAUGCAGAGAAGUUGGAACUUGAGAAGACCAGGGCAAAGCAUUGUAGGCCAGUAUGUGCAGGUCAAGGGCUGUGGCAAGUUACUUCUGGAUUGAAAACAUAUGUUGUUAAUGUCGAUGCUAAUACAUGUGGAUGUAGAAGGUGGGACAUUAAUGGUGUGCCAUGCAAACAUGCAGUGUCAUGCAUUUAUAAGAAAAAAGAGCAUCCUGAAGAUUAUAUGAGUGCAUUCUUCAAAAGGGCUAUGUACCAGGUUGCCUACAACAAUAUUAUAUACCCUGUCCCUAGCAAAGAUAGUUGGACAAAGACUGAAACACCCGAUAUUGACCCACCAAUUUUCACUAGACAUCCUGGAAGACCUAAGAAGAGCAGAAGGAAGGGAGUGCAUGAGGUGCCUCAGCCGGGUUCUAGACAUAGGAUGACAACAACGACAUGCUCGAACUGCCACAAACCUGGUCACAAGUAUACCAGUUGUACCACACCACUGAGAGUAGACUUGGCGAUAAGAAAAAACAAGCACAAGAGUAAUAGAAGAAUAUUUGAAGAAGGACCAAUCCAUGAUCAAGCUGAAGAAACACCACUUCAUGGUCAAGCCGAAGCAUCACCUGUUCAUGUUCAAGCUGAAGCAGCACCAGUUCAUGUUCAUGCUCAAGCUGAAGCAGAUACUUCAACUGGUGCAGCCAAAGGCAGAGGGGGAGGAAGAGCACAAGUAAAUGGAAGCGGAAGAGGCCGUGGAAAAGGCAGAGGCAGAGGACAAGCUGAAGCUGCAAUUCAAGAUCCUUUUCAUGCGCAUGCGGUCUUCGAAGCACAUGAUCCUUUUCAUGGGUUUGACAUACAAGAAGUUGCUUCACAACCAGCUGCAGCUAAUACUAGAGAGAAGCUACCAGUAAUGAGGGGUUCAGGUUCAACAGGGGGCAGAUUCAUGGAGUACUUCACUGCCAGUGGCAACCACUGAAGAAAAUCCUAUGUCGAAGGCUUCUUUUGUGAAUGAAAAGUUUACAUCUUUAUGAAAACUGACUUGUAAAUGCCAGGUUUAUGUAACUAAAAACUCAGACUUGAAUGAAUGCUUAUGUUACAUUACA